AUGGUUAUGUUUAGGUUGGCGGCAGAACCAUUAAAAACGAACGGUUGUCUUUUUACGUUUUGGACGGUUAAGAUUUCCCGCCACAGGGAGCUUCAUUCGCAUACGGAUAACGCUGGUGCAGAGUACUGCAGAGUACUACAGAGUGAGACGAGGACCCAAGAACCAGUGGCUGAGAAUUGUAAUCUUUUCAUUUUCACUAUUUCACAGAGACCAUCAAUGGCCGCUCUUAGGUUCGGCUUCACCGCCACCACCAUCCACGUUUCAUCAACGUCGAUUCUCACCCGCACUCGCCCCAACCCAAAGACCAUUACCUGCGUCGGAUGGGACCCAGAAGGCAUUUUUGGACCGCCUCAGACCGGCCAUAUCGCUCGAAGAGAGUUCACAAGGCGGCUGGAGAGGGAUGCCGAAGCUCGCGAGGCUUUCGAACGCGAAGUCCGGGAAGAGAAAGAACGCCGCCAAUUGCUUCGAGCGUCUCGUGUAGUUCCGAACAACGUGACUGGCCUUAUUGAGUAUUUUCUUGAUACUGAAGCUCAGGAUAUUGAAUUUGAAAUCGCCAGGUUAAGGCCCAGGCUGACCGAGGAGUUUUUUUCGAGUAUAAAACUUGAGUUGGGAGAGCUUAGAUUUGCCGUUAACAAAACUGAGGCCAUGGAAGACAGAGUGAUUGAGUUAGAAGCAUUACAGAAAGCGCUUGAAGAAGGAAUAGAAGCGUAUGAUAAAAUGCAAGGCGAACUGGUAAAAGCAAGGGAAGGCUUAACCAAAAUUUUAACAUCAAAGGAUGUAAAAGCUACCUUGUUGGAUAUGGUGGAACGAAACGAGCUCAAUCGAUCGCUACUAGCCCUUCUCGACGAAAACAUAGCCAAUGCGCAAAGCGGUAACCAG